AUGUUUAUCAUUGCAUUUAGGAGUGUAAAUAUUGAGGGAAAAACCAUAAAAACACAGAUCUGGGAUACCGCCGGUCAGGAACGUUAUCGAGCUAUAACGGCUGCUUAUUACCGUGGUGCUGUUGGUGCACUUUUGGUUUACGAUAUCUCCAAACGGGUGACUUUCGAUAAUGUAGAACGCUGGUUAAAUGAGUUAAAAGGCCAUGUGGACAACAACGUCGUUAUCAUGUUGGUUGGGAAUAAGUCUGAUCUUAGGCAUCUCCGGAAUGUACCGACGGAGGACGCGAAGAAUUUCGCUGAGCGUAAUGGACUUUGUUUAAUUGAAACAUCAGCCUUGGAUUCAACAAACGUUGACAAGGCUUUCAAUACUAUUCUUCAAACUAUUUAUACGAUUGUCAGCUCAAAUCCUUCAGUGAGUAAUGUCGAUAUGAAAAUGUCUCCAUAUAAUAAUCAACCGAUCGUUUCACCGAACGCGGAGAAUUCAAACACUGGACGACGGUGUUGUAGUUGA